AUGAAGGAAGCCAUCGUUCAUCCCUCAAUAGAGUCCGUUGAGAUCGUGGAGUCCGUGGUACCAACCCCCAAAGACGAUGAAGUAGUCAUCAAAGUUGUCGUGGCCGGUACCAACCCGAAAGACUGGAAGAUGCCCAACUGGAAGAAUCACGCUCUCAACAGCGGCGAUGAUAUGGCGGGCUUCGUCCAUGCUAUUGGAUCACUUGUCAAGGACCUCAGAGUAGGCGAUCGUGUCGCAGCCUACCAUCGCUCAGGACAACCCCAUGGCAGCUUUGCAGAAUACGCGGUCGCACCAGCGCACAUGACAUUCCACAUACCUGAUACAUCGUCGUUCGAGGAGGCUGCCACAAUACCCCUUGCAGCCCACACCGCAGCGCUUGCACUUUACGUGGAUUUGAAGCUCCCACUGCCAUUCACGCGACCGAUGCAACCAGAAAAAUCUGAUAGGAAAAGGGAACCAUUCCUGAUAUAUGGGGUCACGUCAGCUUGUGGAGCUUUUGCGGCGAAGUUUGCUCGCUUGUCAGGCAUCGGACCUAUCAUCGGCGUUGCAGGUCGCGCUGAAGAGUUCGGGAAGACGCUGGCCGAUUACGUGGUAGACUACCGUAAGGGCGAGGAUGAGCUGAUCGCUUCUGUUGAGGCAAUCCUCGAGAAGGAAGGGCUACCGGCCAAAUUGCCCAAGAUUUUCGAUGCGAUAUCCGAAAAUGGCUCUUUGGAAGCUACCCUCCGUAUCAUCGAUCCCAAGGCUGGCGUUGUCAGUACGCUUCUCCCACCCAAGCUCUUUGCGAAAGACAAGGAAGCAUAUCAGUACCCUGAAGAUGUGACUGCGAUCAACACGGCUGCACCAAAGCUGUUUGAUGUGCAUAAGGACUUUGGAUAUGUGUGGUCAAGGUACAUGACAGUGUUGCUGCGUGAAAAACGACUAGUCGGUCAUCCUUUUGAAGUGAUACCUGGAGGCUUGCACGGCGUCUUGAGAGGGUUGAGGAAGUUGUAUGAUGGAAAGGCUAGCGCAGUGAAAUAUGUUUAUCAGAUCGAAAAUACCGGCAGCGUAGGACUGGUACGGCUGGAAGAAAACGGUUCUGAUGUCGCAGCAGUCUCGGAGGCAAUUGCUGAAUUCCCGUUCAGCGUUGCGAAGAGCAAAUAA